AUGUCUCAACCGGUACAACGUGCAGCUGUACGUUCAGUUCUUCAGAAAUACAUCAACAAAGAGACUUUGAAAUAUGUGUUUACCACCCAUUUUUGGGGUCCAGUUUCUAAUUUCGGUAUUCCAAUUGCUGCGUUGUAUGAUUUAAAGAAGGAUCCAACUCUGAUUUCAGGUCCGAUGACCUUUGCUUUAAUUGCAUAUUCCGGUGUCUUCAUGAAGUAUGCUCUGGCAGUAACACCAAAGAAUUUUCUGCUUUUUGGUUGCCAUUUUGUCAACGAGGCUGCACAAUUAAGUCAAGCUUACAGAUUUAUUGACUUCUCACUGAAAUCUGAUGAACAGAAGGCUGCCAUUCAAAGUAAAUAUGCAGAUGAAGCUGCCAGGAAGGAUUCAUAG